AUGGACCGAACCGGAAUCUCCCUGGAGGAAAACGGAACCUUCCUGCGCUUCUCGCCAACGUCCGUCUCCGGACCGGCGGCGUCUGCAGGCGAGGCGGGCAUAGUCUACGUGUACGUGUGGCUGUUACUGGGGCUGCUGGUUCUGCUCCUCAGCCUGCUGGUCAUCGCCCUUCACAGGCUGAAGAACGUCAUCUCGUCCUCGACGUCGUCGUCGUCCUCCUCCGGCGAAGCAGGCGGCUCCUUCGCCAACGUGGAGAUCCGCAGCAUCUCGUCCUCGCCGAAGUCCACCCUCUCCUCGCUUUGCGCCUGAGGCGUGCGCACGUGGACAGGAAAAAACAAACAAACAAACAUGCGCGGCCGUGCU